AUGGCGAUAAUGGAACGAGAUAGGAGAAGCCGCCAGAAGCAAAACACUGUCCCGAUUGACAGGCUUAGCGAUUUGCCGGACUCAAUUCUGACUCACAUCCUCUCUUUUCUCCCGACCAAAUUCUCAGUAAGAACCAGCAUUCUGGGUCAAAGAUGGAGGUUUCCCUGGGCUUACGUCUCCAAUUUAAUUUUCCGCGACGAUAGUCAAAAAUCCAUAAAUAGGGUUUUACUGCUUCGUAAAAUGCAAAAAGUUAAUACCUUUUGCCUCAGUGAUGACGACGACCGUUACCGUUACAUCAAUAAAGAAAACGGAGCUCAAUGCAAGAAAUAUCAAAUCGAUACUGAUACAUGGAUUACCUUGGCCGUUGAGCGCAAUGUGCAAAUACUCCAUCUUUGUUAUAGUUCUUGGCGAGAUGAAGAUUUUUUACUUGGUUUACCUGGAUGCCUCUUCACUUGCAAAACCCUAGUUCAUUUGAAGCUGGAAUCCUGCGGUAUAAUCCCCGUGAGAGUUGCCGUAUGUUUCCCUCGACUCGAGAAGCUUCAUCUAUUGUAUGUUCAAUAUGAAGCCGACGAGUCACUACCCAACCUGCUUUCCGGUUGCCCUGUUCUUGAGGAUAUGGAAGUUUUUGCUUUUGUUGUUCUUAAUAUCAGCCUCGUGAAGAAACAAAAGGAUGGAAGGAACCACCACAACAAGUGCCUGCGUGUCUUUUAUCGCAUCUUAGAAUCAUAA